AACUUACUCAGACGUUAGCGGGACAUCGAGCGGACCGGCCGCCAUUUUAAAAAUAGCCGACGCGAUUUUCAUAGUGAAGUUCUAGAAAUAGUUUAUUUUGUGUGUAUGUUAUUGGACAAUGAUUUUGAAUGGGUUCAACAAAACCACUACGAAAUACGAAAAAACUAUUCAAGUCUUCGAUUACCUAAAUUCUUUUUAUCGAAAAUAUUUUUCAUUAAUUAAUUUAAUUAAAAAAGAGAAUGCUGACCAUUUGUAGUGCGAAAAAUUUGUUUUGUGCUCUCGGUAGUUAGAUAAAGUGUAGAAAAAGAUAAAUAUAUACAUAUAUAGUGGCUGAGGAAAAGAAAGAGAUGUCGCUUGUUGCACCAAGAAGGGUUCAGUUGGACUGGGCUCAUUCCAUACCAUGGGAACAAGAACCAGGCUGUGGAAGGGAGCCGUCUUUCAAGGGGGAGACACACAGAUUACACACACACACACAGUUACAGAACCGAAACCAAUCAGAAUCUUCAUCAUCAUCAGCGGAUACAGCAUCCCAGGGCUCGGGUUCGGCGCCCGCGGCCCGCUCCAGGAGACAUGAACCCCAGAGAGAAGAGCGGCAGGUCGAAGCCGCCAGCGUUCGGAGAGUUCAACCGAAUCCUUUAUUGAGAUCUCGUACACUACCAAACUUCGGUAAGAAUCGCUCACGAGACGCGUCUCGCUGCGACACCUCGCGUCGCGCGCACCACAUCACGAUGGCGACCGAGGACCUGCUGCAGCCGGGACACGUCGUCAAGGAGAGGUGGAAGGUAGUGAAGAAAAUUGGUGGUGGCGGUUUUGGGGAGAUCUAUGAGGGUCUCGACCUCGUGACCCAGGAACAGGUCGCCUUAAAGGUGGAAUCAGCUAGACAGCCAAAGCAAGUUCUGAAAAUGGAAGUCGCCGUCUUGAAAAAGUUGCAAGGUAAAGAACACGUCUGCCGCUUCAUCGGCUGCGGUAGGAACGCGCGCUUCAACUACGUCGUGAUGCAGCUGCAGGGCCGCAACCUGGCCGAGCUGCGGCGCGCGCAGCCCCGCGGCGCCUUCUCGCUCUCCACCACGCUGCGACUCGGACUUCAAAUAUUGAAAGCAAUAGAUUCCAUACAUUCAGUUGGUUUCCUACACAGAGAUAUAAAGCCUAGUAAUUUCAGCAUCGGUCGUCACCCGUCGAAUUGUCGUAGGGUCUAUAUGCUAGAUUUCGGUCUAGCCAGGCAGUAUACGACGAGCAACGGGCAGGUUCGACCGCCGAGGGCCGCUGCGGGUUUCAGAGGCACAGUCCGCUACGCUUCCAUCAAUGCCCACAAGAACAAGGAGAUGGGGAGACACGACGAUCUCUGGUCGUUGUUCUACAUGCUGGUCGAGUUCGUCAACGGGCAGCUACCCUGGAGGAAGAUUAAGGACAAGGAACAAGUCGGUCUGAUGAAAGAGAAAUAUGAUCACCGCCUCCUUCUGAAGCACUUACCAUCGGAACUGCGCCAGUUCCUAGAGCACGUCCAGCAGCUGGAGUACGCGGACACGCCGGACUACGCCAUGCUGGCUUCCCUGCUGGAGAGGUGCUGCAAGCGACGCGGGAUCCGGGAGACGGAUCCUUACGACUGGGAGAAGGAUAGUGCGCCGGCGGGCCGCGCGCGCGCCGUGCUGGCCAGCGGCGCCGACCACCAGCCCUCGCCCGACCACCAGCCCGACCGCACACGUCGACGCCUCGAGACGGAGGCUACGACGGCGGUGGCUACGGACACACAGACGAAUCUACAGAAGGAGAAGGCCGCGGAGAAGAGACCGCAGCCCGCGUCGCCGAGACACGUGCCGCCCCAUGUUAACGGAUACUCAAACACAGACAAACCUACGGUUGAAAAAGAAGUGGAAGUGAGAACGACUCCUGCUCCAUCACCAGACAGACACGCAAAGGAGACCAGCACGUCAGCCGUGACCGGCCCGGCCAACAGGCCGGAGCGCCAGAGCGUGCCGCCCUGCAAGCCGCGCGCACCGCAACCGGCGCACGCGGCGGGCGGCCCCGCGCUGCUGCGCCUGCGCGUGGUGACGGCGCCGCCCACGUGCGUGCAGGAGCUGGCGGCCGCGCCCUCCGCGCCCGCCGCGCCCUCCACAGCUGACGCUAGCAGUCCGCGCAUCGUCGCCGACGUGGACAGCAUGCACUCCGACACACACUUCAAGAGAGGCGCCCGUCGCAACGCGCGUGCGCGCGCCGACCAGAGCUACACGCAGUUCGCCGUCAUGGACGACGAGAACGUGUCUGCGCUGCAGCAGGUGACGAAAGGUGGCGCCCUCACACUAGUGUCGCUGUGGAAGUCACAGUUCGACGACUCAGAAGAGACCACAGAUAAUGAAUGGAAGCAGGAACAAUUACAGUCGCCCGAACAUCGCAACACGCGUGCGACGUCCGCCGUGUCGAGUUGCUCGAACGCGCCGCGCACGCAGCUGCCGCUGACGCACACGCAGCACACGCAGCACACGCAGCAAACGCAGCUGACGCAGCCGACGCAGCCGACGCAGCACACUCCGCCGCGCGUGUCGCCGCAGAUCAAUGUGCCCAAUGAGGUAGAAAAACCGGAAAAGGCUGAAAAACCGGAAAUAGCGGAGAAGCCUCCUGUGAAGAGCACAAAGUGUUGCUUGCACAGCGCAGGUAUCGACGCUUUCCCCAGACUACAGCCGGCGCUGCCAAGGAGUUGGACACUACCUGCGAUAGGCAGCCGCGUGCGGCAGCUGCGCGCGCCGCUGCUGCAGCAGGCGUCGUUCUCCGACGGCUCGGGCGGCGCGCUGCGCUACCGCCUCGACGUCAUGCGCGGCGUGGCGGCGCGCGACCCGCCCGACGCGCCCGCGCCGCGCCCGCGCGCCGCCAGCCUGCCCAGCCUGUCCCGUUCGUCGAGCUCGUCCCAGCCGCCGGCGAAGCCACCUCCCGAGACGACGGUCUCUAGCCGCCUUGAGAUACGCGUUCGUCCGCCGGACAGCACCUCGCCCAUGCACUCCGUCAAAAUCCACUCCGUGGUGAGUGGGGGCGAAGUGCGACUUAACCACGACGAGACAUCCGUUUACUACGACGCUACGGAACACCAGCGAGACAAACGCAGGUCCUCUACGAGGAGUGGCGAGAAGAGUCAGAGUCCAGCUGUGGAGAGGACGCGCUUAGACGCAAUACCUGAUAGGAGUACGUCUGUCGUUCGUCGGGAAAACCCGAGCGGCGACGGGACACACAGCUUGAGGGAUCGCUCGUCCGGCAGCGGGUCCCGCAUCCCCGUGGCCAGCGCGUGCGCGCGCGGCGAGCUGGCGGCCGGCGCCGACCACCGCCUCGCCAAGUGCGCGUCGUGGAGCGGGGACGCGCCCGACCCCGCGCACGCGGACCUCACGCCCGCGUUACGGCGACGGAGACAGAACGCAAACGACAAAUACGCACUAGACCCAGCCCGGGAACUGAACCUGCGAUUCGCGAGACCUCGCCACCGUCACCAGCCACCGCAUAACAGCGCCACCAGCCGCUGCCGCAGCGCGGCGGGCGGCGCGUCGGGCGCGUCGUCGUCGUCGUCGGGCUCCCCGCCGCCCGCGCCGCCCGCGCCGCCCGCGCCCGCCGCCCCCCCCGCGCCCUCCGCGCCCGCGCCCCCCGCGCACAACGCGGCCCGCGCGCGGCGCUUCCGCCCCGCCGCCCGCGACCCCGCGCACGACGACCUGCCGCCGCCCGUCUACGGCGCCGUCGGUUCAGCACACAGGCUGUGACGAAACGAGGAUCAGUCCACGGGGGCGAACAGAAAUAAAUAAAUCACAUAGACAAGGUGAUCUAACUGCAAUGUGAGCGGACGAAAAGGAUUAUUAACUGGCAUAAUCACACUCAUUAACCUAACACUAACGGCCCCACUCAUAAACCGUAGCGGGCGGAUAGAACCAAUGCUGUCUCCUUCUUUCGAAUGUCAAAUGGAUAAUGACAGAAAGAGAGAAAUAUGUUCAACAAAACAAUCGCUCAGAACCGUUUAUAAGUGUGGCAUAAAUUGAUUUAAUGGUUAAUUAAGCGAAGCUACGCUAUAAAAUUACUAAUGAUAAUUUUCACAUAUAAAAAAAAUGUCUAAAAAGUACAAAAUAAAUUCUAGAAUUCAAUAAUUGUUUGCGGGACUUAACACAUCGGUGGGUUUCGAUUGGCUACGGAACCCACUAUCCGGUUGAACGGAUUUCGUAAAUAAAUUAGGUUAAUAAGUGAAAAUUAAAUUCGUGGCGCGAAGUUAUCUAUACGAUUUUAAAUCUUACUGUGUUGUUAAUAAAGAUCAUUGUUCUGAUCGAAUAAUAUCAAAUGAUAAAUCUUCAUGAACAAAUUGAAUAAAUAAUCAUCAUAUUAUAUUAAUAAGCAAACACCGGCAUCCGUCGCUUGCGUUACAUCAAAAUCGUUACAGCAUAAUAUAUAUCCGGAUGUCGAAGGUUCGUUAUAACUAACAUAAAAUAUUUAUUUUUAUAUAAAAAAAAUCUCUUGUAAAAAGUAUUUUCUUCGUAUAAUCGCUUGCCAUUUCUAGUAGAUUUGACGGGACUCAGACUAUUAUUAACCUUAUUGCGUUGGUAAUAAGGUCGUUAAUAGUGCUAUAUGAUAAUUUAACAGCUUUAGAGAAAUACUGGAUAUGUUAAUACUUUAAAUAACUAUCAUACAACAAAGGUAUGUCACUAAAAAAAUGGUUCGAAUUAAAUUUAGUAAAAAUUCUUAAGUGUUCGUGGCGUUUCAAUAAUAAACAUAUUUCUAUGGAGAAUGUAAUGUUUAUUAGUUUGUAUAUUUCUUGACUGCUCCCGUGGAGCGCUUUAUAAUUCUCGCCAAUAAUGCUUUUAAUAUUGAAAACUUCAUCAAAAACGGUUCGCUUCUCUAUGUUUGAAAUGUUUUAAACGUAUUUUGUUAACAUUCAAAUCAUGUGUAAAUGUAUAAAAAAUAACUAAAUAAAUAUACGCUUUAAGAAAAGUCGAAAAAUAUCAAAAAAUAUAUAUAUAUUCAGUAUUUCUCUAAAUUUGUGUUAAAAUUAUCAAUUUUAAGUAAAUUUAAGGGAAUAAUUAAAUAUAAAUAUUAAAAAAAAAAAGUUAGAUCUCGUAGAUAGGACUUGCCUUUAAAGCUGGUA